UAUAAGAGUAAGAAGAAGAAGAAGAAGAAGAAGAAGAAGAAAUCUCAUUCGAAGUUAUUGGAAACAUUGCAAUGGCGGAAUCAAUUCUAUACAAUAUUGCGGCAUCCCUUGUAACCAAAUUGGGCUCUCCUGCACUCGCUGAGUUUCAAUUGCUUUGGGGCCUCGAGGAUGAGCUUACCAAACUCAAACAUACCAUUGAAGCCAUGGAAGCUGCGCUUCUUGAUGCAGAGGAGCAACAGUUCAAGAGCCAUGAAAAGAAGAAUUGGAUUUCAAGGGUCAAGGCUGUUUUCUACAAUGCCGAUGACUUGAUUGACGAGUUUGCUUAUGAAACCUUGAGGUGGCAAGUUAUAGCCGAAAGUAGAAGAGGGGUGAAAGAGGUACGUGAAGUUUUGUCUAUGCCUCAUCAUAUUGCAUUUCGUUUUAAAAUGAGUCACAGAAUUAAAGAUAUUAGAGAAAAACUGAAUGCUAUUGAUGUUGAUAAAACACAAUUCCAUUGCUCGAAGAGUGUUAGAGAUACUCGAAUUGAUGAGCUGAGGGAGACUCGAGAGACUUACUCUAUUAUACAUGAUGAUGAAGUGGUUGGUAGGGAGGACGACAAAAAAGCAAUUAUGGAUCUUCUGUUAGAUACAAAUAUUGAAGCCAAGGAGAAUAUUGCAACGAUUGCCAUAGUUGGAAUGGGAGGAUUGGGAAAGACCGCACUUGCACAAUCUGUCUACAAUGAUGAAAACACAACAGAACAUUUUAUGAUGAAAUUAUGGGUGUGUAUUUCGGAACAGUUUGAUGUGAAUGUUAUUAUUCAAAAGAUUAUAGAGUCUGCAACAGGAAAGAAGCCUGAGAUCCUUCAAAUAGAGCUUUUACAAAGUGAACUUCGAAAGCAUAUUGAUGGGAAAAAGUACUUGCUCAUCAUGGAUGAUGUGUGGAAUGAAAAUUACGAGAAAUGGGUUAAGCUUAAAACAUUGUUAAAGGAUGGUGCAAAAGGUAGUAGAAUAUUGAUCACAACACGUCAUCAGCGAGUUGCAGAGACUUUUGAUACAAUUUUAUCUUAUGUUUUAGGGCAAUUGGACUAUCAAAGCGCUUGGCUAUUAUUUAAAAAAGUGGCUUUCAGAGGUGAGAAAUCAGAAAAAGAACUUGCAAAUUCAGAUCUAGUCAAAAUUGGAAAGGAGAUUGUGGCAAAGUUAAAAGGCCUUCCUCUUGCGAUAAGAAUCAUAGGAAGUCUUUUGUAUGCUAAAAAACCAGAACAUCAUCUUUGGUUGGCUUUCAAGGAUAAGGAGUUUUCUCGAGUUUUGGAGCAAAGAGAAGAGACACAAUUCAUGCUAUCAAUAUUGGAGCUAAGUUAUAAUCCUCUCGAAUAUAGUUUGAAGCAAUGUUUUACCUACUGUUCUUUAUUCUCCAAAGAUUAUAUCUUUCAAAAGGAUGAAAUGAUAAAACAAUGGGUGACGCAAGGUUUCGUUCAAUCAAUUGGCACAAUUGAGCCAAAUGAUAUUGGGGAAGAUUAUUUCAUGGAAUUAUUAUCAAGGUCAUUCUUUCAAGACGUCAAAAGAAAUGAGAUGGGUGACAUAGUAGAGUGUAAGAUGCACGAUUUGAUGCAUGAUCUUGCUUGUUCAAUAAUGAAAAAUGAAUGUGUUUCUAUGGAAGUGAAUGAUAGGGUGGUCAUUGAAAGAACCAGACAUAUCUCAAUUUACCGUAGAUUCGGUAUAAAAUUGGAGUCCUUGAAAUUAUUGUUUGUGGCAAAAAAUUUGAGGACAUUAAUUAUUGAUGCUCCCAGUAAGGAUGGCAAAAAAGUCCUUAAACUAAUAUUUACCAAGUUUUUGCGAUUAAGAACGCUGAGGUUGAAUUUGAGCAUUGAUUUGACUGUUCAAGUAUUGCCUAAAUCUAUUGGCAAGUUGAAACAUUUAAGAUAUUUGGAAAUAUGUCAAAUUGGACUUCGUUUACUUCCGAACUCUAUGAAUGAAUUGUAUAAUUUGGAAACACUUAUUCUUGAUGGGUGUAUAUUAUUAGAAAAGUUGCCGAGAGAUGCAAAAAAUUGGAGGAAGCUUAGGUAUCUAAGCCUUGCUAGUUUGAAUAUAGAAUUCCUUCCAAAUUCGAUAGAUGAAUGGAAUAAUUUGGAAACACUCGUCCUGCAAAAAUGUUUGAUGUUAAAAGAAUUGCCAAAAGAUAUUAAGAAAUGUGUCAAGCUUAAACAUCUUGAUUUAAUUGGUUGCAAAUCUUUGACUCAUUCACCCAAAGGAUUAGGUGAGCUUACUGGUCUUCAAACAAUGAAUCUUUUUGUAUUAAACAAAGAUGUUGGCUGUGAUUUAAGUGAGUUGAAUAGACUGAGCAAGUUGAGGGGAUCAUUAACCAUUAAAGGUUUGGAAUUUUGUACAAUUGAUGAUCUAGAAAAGCAUCAUUUUAGCUUGCAACAGAAGUCCAGUAUUCGAAAGUUGAAAUUUGUUUGGAAUUAUUCCAAAGAUGAGGCUAUGAAUAUUUCCAAUAAUGAUGACUACAAAGGAGUGUUAGAAUGUUUACAACCACAUUUAAACGUUCAAAAGGUACAUAUAUGUGGAUAUCAAGAAGUCAAGCUAUGUGAUUGGCUAUCCUCUAAUGUCCUUGUUUACUUGAUCGACAUAAAGCUUUUAGAUUGCGUCAAAUUAGAAUCUCUCCCACGAUUCGAUCAAUUUCCACUUCUCAAGCGUUUGGGCCUUCAAUUAUUACCUUGCAUUGAGUACAUUGACAACAAUAAUUAUCCUUAUUCGUCAACGUUUCUACCAUCCCUUGAAAAAUUAAGCAUUGUAAACAUGCCCAAUUUAAAAGGUUGGUGGAAAGGUGAAAUUUCAUCAGAAUCUUCUCCAAAUAGUGCCUCCUUUCAUACAAAAGUGCCUUGCCUUUGUCAAUUUACCAUCGAUAAUUGUCCUAAACUGGUUUCAAUUCCUUGGCAUGCACCUCUAAAGAAACUCCAAAUAAGUAUGGUUAGUCUACAACUACUUGAUACAGUAAUUGAAAUGACGGUAAGUCAUUGUGUUGAAGAGUCUUCUUCUACUCAGUCUAAAGUAUCUUCUUUUGAACUUAGACAAAAGAGUUAUUCUAUUAUUUCAAAAAUCUUGAGCAACUUACGAUGAGAGAUUUCAAAAGCUUACAAAUGUCUUCUUCUCUCGUACAACAUCGUACUAAUGAAUUACUAUGGAAAGAGUUUCAAAGUCUUCGCUUUUUACAUCUUUAUAAUAGACCCAAGUUGGAGUAUUUGCCCAAUGGGAUACAACAUGUGACAACUCUUCAAACCAUUCGGAUAGAAUGGUGUCUAAAUUUAAAAACUCUACCCGAAUGGAUGGGCAGCCUUACUUCACUCUCAGAACUAUCGAUUAUCUUAUGUCCAAUGCUCACUUCAUUGGGAAAGAGGUACGAGGAAGGAAGAGGAGAAGAUUGGCAAAAAAUUUCUCAUAUUUCUCGUGUAAACAUUUUAUAUCUUUGGCAUUGAAGAGAAGAAAAACUUAUUCAUCCAUCAACCAUAGGCAUUAUCAACACAUCUUACUGCAUUCUCUCGAACCUCAUAUGCAAGACAUCAAGAAUUAUAUUGGGGGAGGAUUACAAUUAUAUUGCUCUAAAAUUAUUCGUCCUUCAAAAUCCACACUUAAAUUGAGCAUAAUCUUCAUGCAACAAAAGAAAAUGAGAAUAUCAGUUUGAUGUGUUGCUUCCAGUCAUUCAGGUACGAAUCCUUUUGCUGUUAGUGCCCCCAUUCAAAGUUGUUGAUUAUUAUUAUUAUUUGUGCUCAUUGAUUUGUAAUUUUAAUUCAUUGUUGUUCAAUCAAUUGGGUAAUGUCGUGUUGGUUUCUUUGGUAGCAUUACCAAAUUGAUUCUAUAUAUGGUAGAUGUCUAUCAUGAAAUACUUUUAUAAAUUCAUAUGAUUGAUAAUUCUUAGUUAAUACGAGAGAUCUAUAUCACUUAUAGGUCUUAAUCACUAAUAAUUUCAUUAUUGAUAAGCAUCAGUCAAGGAUAUGUUUGUUGUUGCUACGCUUAUGACAUUGAGAUAUGUUUGAUUGAUUAUUUAUUUAUUUUACUUUUCACCUGCUUCAA